AUGUCACAAGAUCAAGUUCAAGCGGAAGCGCCGCUGCCUCCCCGCAAUGCCUUCAUCCACAACUCUGCCAUUGCUGGUGCCGUAAUCCUACCGCUUGCGAUGCUCCUCCCACCACGAAAGAUAGAUCUAAGGUUCUUUGUUCUCGCUGGAGCCUGGUCCAUGGCCACAAAUCAACUCGCCUACGAAUACACCGGGUCGUCAAUCUACGCGCGUUUCGGCAAUCGUGUAAGCUCCAUGAUGGGCACUGAGCUUCCCGAGGGUGCCCAGCGCACACAAAAACUACUCCGAGAGCAUCGCGAGCGUGAAGCGGCACGAAGAGCUAGGGAGGGACAUCAAACCGAACAAGAGAAGACGGGUGUGGUGGCCAAGACGCUCAACGACGUGUGGAUGGGAGGCGAAGAGAAGGACUGGAAGGAGAAACGUGUCAAGGAGCAUCAACAAAAGAUCGAAGAGGGCAAGGGAAUUGGCGAUAUUAUUAUUGACCAGGUUGCCGAUGUCUGGUACGGUAACUGGGGAAAGGGCACCAAGAAGCAGGACGACGAGAACUCGACGGAGAAGAAGUAA